AUGGCAGCGCCCGAAGCAAUACAAGUCAGUUCCUUACCGUUACCGCCCGUUCAAUACAUAAAUUUGUACACGGAUGAGAAUGUACGUCGUGGUCGGGCUCCACGACCACCACCACCGAUCCACGAUAGUUAUACCAUGUUCGGCAAUAUGUUUAAUGCGGACGACACGAUCAUCAGACCACUAGAGGCUCAGGGAAUCAAGAGACUGUAUCCGCAACACUUUGAUCGUAGGCGCGAACUAAAGAAGCUCAACCACUCUCUGCUUGUAAAUUUCUUGGAUUUGAUAGAUUUACUCGUUCAAUGCCCCGACAGUCCAAGACGUGCAGAAAAAGUUGAAGACUUGAGUUUGCUAUUUAUUCACAUUCAUCACCUAUUGAAUGAGUUUAGACCACAUCAAGCCAGAGAAACAUUACGUGUAAUGAUGGAACUACAGCGUAGACAACGGCUUGAAACUGCAAUGCGUUUCCAAAAACAUCUUGAAAAGGUUCAAGAAAUAUUACAGCAUGCCUUACAGAUGCUUCCAGACACAGAGCUGGAUUCCAAACUUGCAAUAAACACAGAUGCUAUGGAGUCUAUAGAUAACUUGGGUUUUGAGCAACAAACUGUAGACCCAUGUAGUCCGAGCGAUCGUAUUAUGUGUAAAGUGAUAGAUGAUAUUAUUUCUUCAAAUGGACUGUUUUGAAAUGUUGCUUUGCUGCAAACAAGGUUGCCAGAUGGCCUUGAUUUCUGGGAUUGUUCCGGAAUCUGAGUCUUUCGUUCCGGAAAAUCAAAAUCUUGACAAAAUUAGAAUCGUAAUAUUUAUGGUUUUAAUCGGCACUAGAGAGAAAUGUAAGAGCAAUCAUUGGGAUUUAUAAGGACGAAAAACUUGACCUGAGAAACCAUUCGUGUAAUAAAAAAAUAAAAAAGGUCAACUGUAUGAUUGAUGUCUAAACUUCUCUCUGCUGGUACCUAAUUCACACAUUUAUUUGUUGGAAGUAAGCAAUGGCAUUUCUUAACCGUCUUACCCCUCUAUCUAUCGAAUUUAACUAAACUUCUCCAACAACCUAUUUUUCAAUCUAAAAAAUGUCGCGGAAGUAGUCAUUUUGCAUCUGGCAACCCUAGCUGCAAAGCAUUCACUGGUCUAUGAAUGGAUAAACAUACUAUAGAGAUUGUACAUAUAUAUAAUAGCAAAAUGUGAUAAAUAUAUCCCUGGCUUUAAUAGAUAAUUGAUAUUCAAAUAAUUUGAAAAUUAAGAUAUUUUUCGGUGAAGAUUUAACUCUAUUAGAAUACAAACAUCACUCAUAUAAUCGGUAUUCUUCAAAUAGAAUGAUUUUUUCGAAAUUAACAUUUUAUUAUUUGUAUAUUAAUGAUACAUACGUUUGACAAAUUAUAUAACGUAUUAUAAAUUUAGUACGAUUGAUAUUACAUAUAUAUUAUAGGACAUCUAAAUUUAACACAAUUAUACAAUAUAUGAUAGAUUAGAUAUACAUGUAGACAAACAUGCAUACAGAUUUACCUGCUUGCUCUUAGGAUCGACUGUUAAGUCAUUUUCUUUUUUUCUUUAACAUUAUAUCAUAGUAUUUAAUUGGGUAAAAAAACACCAUAUAAUGUUAAAUAAUGUUAUUUAUUGAAACUAGAAACAAAUUCACGAAUUGCAUUUAACAUCAAUCUUUUUACAUGAUAAUGAUGGAUAAG